AGUGAUAUGGGAUUCUAGAUCACAUGCGUAAAAAUGUAAGCAGUCAUUCUAAGAUGAGUUUGAAAGCGUAUUUUGAGAAUCAGUACAGCAGGUGUAUUUUAACAAAUUCUUCCAAGUGUGCAUAUAAUUAACAAGAGAUGGCUACAAUGGAUAAAGACAGCCCAGAAGAGACAUCCAAGUUUGCCGAAUUUGACGACGUUUUCAAGCAACUUAAAUCGUUUGGUCGCUACCAGCAAUUUGUAUACUGGACGAUGUCAUUCACAUCUGUUCCUACCAUGUUGCAAUUCAUGUGCCUUAUCUUUGCAUUUGGAUCUCAGAAGUUUCAAUGUGUGACACCCAAUGUGACAUGCGCGGCCAGCAAGUGCUGUGAAAAUUGCUCGUUGUACUUCUUUGAGGAGGACUUCAGCGCAGUCUCAGAGUGGAAUCUUAUUUGUGACCGAGCAUAUAUUAGCGCUCUAAUACAGUCCACUCUCUUCUGGGGAAUGCUUCUUGGCUCGCUUGCUGGUGGAUGGAUGUCAGACAAGUUUGGAAGGAAAAAAUGUAUUUUUGGAAGUCUUUUCAUCAUGUCAUCUAACUAUCUUGGGACUUCCUUUGUAAGCUCACCUAUCGUGUUGUGYAUUCUGCAAGUUCUAGCUGGUUUUAGUUGUGUUGCGCUCUUGGUGAUAAACCAUACGUUUACUGUUGAGUURGUCGGUCCUAAAAAGAGAACUAUGGCAACUGURGCAAAGGUUAUUGUCUGGAAGAUWGGGGGAGCAUUUCUUAUAUUUCUUGUCUGGUUAUUCUCAUACUGGAGACAUCUGGUGAUUUUUGCCGGAGUAUGGGGAUUUCUUCUUCUUCCUCUUUAUAAAAUCAUCCCUGAAUCUCCCCGCUGGCUCGUCGCUCAUGGUCAACUGGACGAAGCRGAAGCUGUCCUCGUGAAAUUCGGAGCAAAGCGCAAGAAGACUUUGGACAGGCUGCAACUAAGGUCAACACUGGAAAAGGUCAGAGAAAACCAACUCGCUCGGCUCAAUCGAMAAACUUAUCACGUGAUUGACAUGUUCAGGACACCAAGACUGCGUAAGUUCACAUUGGUCGUUUGUUUUAACUGGUUUGUUGUAUCUUUGGUGUUCUUUGCUAUGUAUCUGUACGUAACCAGGCUGUUUGGCAACGUWUACAUCAACACCGGAAUUAUGAAUCUUACUGAUAUACCUGCACUAGCUUUGAUGUGGCUGUCUAUUGAUCGUUUUGGGCGUCGUAUUACCUAUAGUACCAUCAUGGCCCUUUGUGGAGCAGUUCUCAUUGUAUUACCCUUUGUUCAGGAAGGUUUCCCAAGAGUUGGKACAGCGCUUGCWAUUGCUGGAAAGUGUUUAAUGACUGCUGAAUUUGAAUUGAUAUAUCUAUUCACAACAGAGUUGUUUCCAACAGUGAUUAGGAACAUAUCGUUGGGUACAGGAUCGACUACAGCCCGUAUUGGUGCUAUUGUUGCACCCUUCUUUGUCAUGAUGGCCCAGCUUCCUAACAUCUCCCUCAUCGUUCCGUUGUGUUUAUUCGGAGGUCUUGCGAUGGUUGCAGCUMUUUUGUCUUUAAUGUUACCAGAGACAUUGUUUAAAAACAUGGAGCAGACAAUYGAAGAAGCAGAAAAAGUCGAACUUGACUACAGAAUUCCUUGUUGUGGAAAGAAACGCGCAAGGGAUUGCAUUAUUAACGAAGAGGAAAGUCGUGGAUUAAGAACUACUGAAUUGUAACCGAAUAGACUUCUGAACCUUUUACGUCACUACUUGAUUUUCAAUGCRUUGUGGGAUCAGUUUCAAGAGAAAACAAAACAAAUCCGCCAUGUUUUGUYCCAAACAUGUCCUACAAUGCAUUGCGUAUACGGUACAUGACGUAAAAGCUGCAGAGGUCUAUUGACUCUGGAACUCAUUAGAAUUACCAUAACAUAUGAAUUACAMAAAAURCCUGCAAUUUUACUUGACAGCAAUCAUAUUAUUUUCCCUUGUCAGGGRAAACAGCGUAAACCAAUCUUUUAAUCAUCAUUUUCAAUUACGUACAAAUUCCAUUGAUUGGAAGACCACACACUAUAUGCUGUACAUGCAUGCAUUAUAAUGCAUUAAUUACGKUAAGAGUUUGUGAGUUUUUGUAAUAACUUAUUUUUAUACAUACACUAAUUAAAUGAUUAGACCCCUCUUUGA